AAGAAGCCUUACUCUCUCCCUCUUUCUCUCUCACCAAUCCUAUUACGCUUCUUUCGUCGUUAAUUUUGCUGACCGAUGAAAUUGUCCUCUUUGUAGCUUCCUGCUAUGGCGUCGUUACAAAUCCUGAAACUCACACUCUCUUCGGUUUCCGUUUCUCAAUCGAAUUGUCCGAGAAAAUCGACAUGGACUUCCCGGGAGCCGUAUUUCCGGGAAAGGAUGAUCAAGGUGCGAACUUUCGGCGGUUCGAAUUCUUGCAGAAGGUUUAGGAUCAGCUGUAAAGCUCAAGACACCGACAACCAAAGCAAUGGUGAAGAACCCACAGAGUCAUUAUUUAUGAAGGAACUAAAGAAGAGAGGAAUGACUCCUACUUCAUUGCUUGAAGAUUAUAAGCAAGGUGACUAUGAAAUGGAUGAGGAGAUGAAUAUGAAUGGAGAAGAUAGAGGUUUUCCUAAAAGAAAUGCUGUCUCUACCAAUGUUGAGAGGAGCCUAGACAAUCAAAGGGAGCGAUCUAUGGCACUGAACAGCGAAGGUCUUGAGGGGCUGAUACCUCGGGCUAAACUUUUGUUGUCUCUUGGAGGGACAUUUUUCCUGGCAUUUUGGCCACUGAUUCUCAUAAUCAUUGUGGCUUUUUCUGCUCUCUACCUUUACUUUGGACCGAGUUUUGUACAUGAUGCUUCCAAGAUGCCUCCCUCACCUCCGCAAUAUGUGGAUCCUUAUGCCCUUCUGGAAGAUGAAAGAAUAUCUCAGAUGGCGCCUAGUCUCAAUUGAAAGGCAAGAAUUUACAUACGUAAGAUUGUAGUUACAUAUGUCUCAUUUCAGCUCUCUUUCCAUCUGUAUAUGUCUCCUUUGUAAAAUAUCACCCUGGAAGAACUUGUGUAGUUAUUGCUUUGAUGCUCAUUUUUAUUCACUUCAAAUCUCACUGUCUCUCCAAGCUUGUGGGCUUACAUAACAUAAAGUUUUUUUAUUUA